UACAUUUAACCCCCAAUAAGGGCCACCAUAAAGCAAAGCAUUUCAAUACAGAUACUGCAGAUGAUAACUCUGUGAAAGACUCUAAAUGUAGAGUAAAUGUAAUACCCAGCUCUGUGUGUGUGUGUGUGUGUGUUUGUGUGUUUAUACACACACACACAGAGCUGGGUAGUCACGCUACGGUCACUAAAAGGUUCUGACUAAAGGAGAAGUAUUUUCACACACAGUUCUCUCUUCAGUCAGUGUAGAAGCAUCAUCUUGAGCUCUGAGAGGAUUUCUGUCGUCUUCAACUCUCUUCUCUGGUGGAGUGCAUGUAAAUGAUGGAGACACUGGUGAUGUUCCUCCUCACUGGAUCUCUGAUACAAGGUGUUUUGUGUGGCUACAGUAUCAAUCUGCCACAGAGAGUAGAAGCUCUACAAGGAUCCUGUGUUUUCAUACCCUGCUCAUUUGAUAUUGAUCCAAAAACUUAAAAAGACCUCACUAACAGUGCAAAGAGAAAAUGGUUUAAUGCUGAGCAAACAGAAGUGUUUGACUCCAGCAGCCCCAACACUGGACUGUUAAAGGGAAAAUUAUUUGGCACUGCUUCACAGAAAAACUGCACCACACGCUUCGAUUCUGUCAGUCUGAGUCAUGAUGGAUUAUAUUACUUCAGAAUAGAAUCCAAUACACUGAAAUAUAGCUACUCAGACUCAAAAGUUCAAAUUGCCGUCUUAGGAUCUCCACCCAAACCCACACUGAGUCUCUUUAAGGAUCAGCAGGAGGUGAUGAAGAUGAUGGAGGUGAUUGAGGGAAGUUCAGUGAUUCUGCGCUGCUCUACUAAGAUCUUCUGUCCGUCUCGUCCACCAUCUCUCAGAUGGAGCUCAUCUCUCAAUGAGAACGUCACAGAACAGCAGUAUCAGAACCAAACUGAGCUCAUCUCCGAUCUGAACUUCACUGUUUCUCAGCGUCAUCACAGAGUCACUUUCACCUGCACUGCAACACACAAGCUACAGCAGCCGAUCACGACACAAGAGUCCUGGAUAAUACUAGUUCAGUAUGGUCCUAAAAACACAUCGGUGAGGAUAAAUCCAGCUGGUUUGGUUCUGGAGGGCUGUUCUGUGACUCUGAGCUGCAGCAGUGAUGCAAACCCAGCAGUGAACUACACCUGGUACAGAGACACUGAAGGACUCCUGAAUCCAGUUCAGACCGGACCAAACCUGACCAUCAGCAACACCGACCCGACACACAGCGGACGACACUACUGUAGAGCUGAGAACAAACAUGGCACACAGAACACAUCAGUGCUGCUGGACGUCCAGUUUGCGCCCAAAAUCUCCAGCUUUUGUAGCCGAAAAAGCGUAAUGGAGUGUGUCUGUGAGGCUCAUGGGAAUCCCUGCCCUACACUCGAGUGGCGUCUGUCUGGACAUGUGUUCACUAACUUUACAGAAAUAUCCAUCAGUGAGGAGAUGUUAGGAAGCACAGGAGUGAAGAGUGUCCUGACCAUCCAUCAGUCCCUCACAGACACGGAUGUCCUGCAGUGUUUCAGCGCAAACAUUUACGGCAGCGCUAGUCAACAGUUUCAGACCAUCCCACCGCCACAAGAGACAGGUUUCCAUUAUCCAUCGGUGCUGCUCGGAGCUGCUGUCGGUGUUUUACUGAUGCUGAUCGUGUGCAUCAUGAAGCUCUGCUGUAAACGAAAAAGGAAAGAAAAACCUUCAGAAACCAGUCAAGAUGACACAUCUGGACUCACUCUGACUCAAACAGCCAUUGCUCUGGAUAAUGCUGGUCAGUAUGUUUAUGCCGAUAAUGGCGUGCUGUCAUCCAUCACACAGAGUGCACCAGAAUCUCUUCAUUAUUCCUCCAUCGGCUUCACAAACACUGAAUCGCAGUCAGAAGACAUCAGGGGCAGCGCCUUGCUGACCUGUGAAUACGCUGCGGUCCAACACUGUUCUGCAGGAGCCACAGAUGCAGAGAACAACACCUCAACAUCUGAGACACAACCCAAAAAACACAACAUGAAAGCAGAGAUCACAGACACGCCAUCACUGGCAUCAGAAGACGCGAUUUAUGAAAACACCAGCCAUCGCUACAGAAAGAAAUAACUUUUUUAGGUUUUAUAGAGCGAUUUAAUGGAUAGUUCAUCCAUUCAUCUGCUGCCACAGGGAUUAAGUUUGAUCUUCUGCCUUAUGUGCUUUUUUGACUCUUAAAGUGACGGUACUCAUUGACUUUUUAUUACCAAGGACCACGAUUUCAGCUAAAAAUCUUCCUUAUUCUUUUACUGAAAUAAAAAAGGCACCUACAUCUUGGGUGGAUGGUACUGAUAACAGUUUAACAUUAUUUACCUUAGCGUACCUUUGGGGUCUUUGCUAUUAUAUUCCAAUAUUUAUAGUUAUAGAUAAAGAGUUGUUUUUUACAGAUGACUUGCUGCUGUGUUUAAUAAUUUAAGUUGUUAAAAUAACAUUCUGUUCUGUAAAUGCAUUGUGUCCUGGUUUAUUUAGCAACUUUUCAGAAUACCAAAUUAAGUAUGCAACUAAGAACUGUAAGACUUUGAAUGUUAAAGUGUAAAAUUAAAAAUCGUAGAAGGGUUCAUCAGUUGUAUUGGCUGCACUGAGGGGCCCCCAAAUAAUUCUGCUUAGGGCCCCAUAAAGGCUUGGGUCAGACCUGCCUUCAAUCAUCUCAAUCAUCAUAAUACUUCACAUUUGAGCAAUCCAAAGGAUACAAGCACCAAAGAGGAAGUAAAAACACAAAUUAUAUAUUUUGCAACCUGUUUCCGAAAAGACUUAGAGAAGUUCAAAACAAUAAACAUUCAGACGAAAAAAUGAGAGUUUAAACUGCUUACCUCUGAGAUGAGAGCAGGAACACAUGCUCGAGCACACACACACACACAUUUAAUUCUUUAUCUUAAAUACAGUUAUUUUGUAACUGUUUUAGUUCUGUCUGUAUCCUGCUGUAAUCAUGAAUGGUUGUGAUAUUAAAUCAUUAAUCAAUCAUCAAGAAUCAUAUUUGACUGAAA